AUGCAGCUUUACAAUUCUAACCAGUUCAGUGCUGGACUUGUAACCCAUGUGGGCCCAUUUAAAUUGAUUGUGGAAAAUCCAGAAAAACCUGUUGCGUCUGGACUUCAAGUUACAGCCAUUGUAGAAUAUUAUCCUGAGAGUGAAGAUGAUCUUCAAGAUAGACUACGUCUUUUAAUAGAAGAUAACACAGUUGAUAUCCCCCUCAUUGGAUUAAUUCCUCGCUGUUAUCUGGAAAUUGAGUCAGAGAUUAAUUUUGGUACAGUGAUUGCAAACAAUAAAAUAAUUAGUAAAGAGCUUAGUAUUGCUAACCGUGGAUCAUCUUCAGGUACAUUUAAAAUAUCAUAUGAUGGAGUUGUUCUUAACAUAGAACCUAGCAGUGGAGUGGUAAAACCAAAAUCUGUAAAGAAAGUUAAAGUGGAUAUCUGCACAGAUUUACCCAGAAUCAUCAAGGAAGUGAUAAAAGUGAAGUUGAAAGGUCAUGGCUACACUGAAGUAUGGAUCAAAGCUGUUGUGGUUGAACAAGUUCUUAAAAUUCUGGGAGUGUCUUCUGGAAAUAAAUUGGAAUGCGUUAACUUUGGACCAGUUUACUUCGGGUCUUCAAAGACUGAACAAAUAUAUUUAUACAAUGAAAGUCCUGAGUGUAUGGACUGGGUAGCAGUACUGGAAGACAAUGCCAUUGGAGGAGAAAUGGGGACAGAUCUUCAGAGGAGUACAGAUGCUGUCUUACGGGACUUAAGCCUCAGGAAUAGAACAAGAGAUGCAGAUGUUUCCAACUUGAUCUUGUGCACUCCCAAUCAAGGAACGCUGCUACCCUAUCAGAAAUCUUUGCUUACAUUGUGCUUUAGUCCGAAAGAAUUUAAAAGUGGCUUGGGAGUGAAUGACUUAUCACUGAAGCAAUACUACGCACUGUUUCUGAGAUUUGAAGCUGCUGGGAAUGCAGAUGGCUAUCUGCAGGCCCUCAACGACGGUGCCGCAGCAAUCACAAUGAAUCAUCCUCAUCACAUAGAGUUAGCUUUGACAGGUUCUGGGCUUCCUGUCAUGUUAACUUUUAAUCCAGGACCAGUUAUUAAGUUUAUGGACUGUUUCAUGGGUGAACAAACUCAGGUUCUAUGCACACUCAGAAAUGAAUCUGAGUACCUUCCAGUAACAUUCAGCUUCCGCAAGACUGCUCAAUUUAAGAUUUCUCCUGACAAAGGAAAAAUUGAAAAAAGAUCUGCGAAGGAUGUGAUAUUUUCAUUUUCCCCACAUCAAAUAGGAACAUUUAAAGUGAAGCAAGUUGUUGAUGUCAUUGGUAGAGGACUAGAGAAAAAUAAUUUGCAAGUUUUGAAGACAAAGUCCCUUCACCAAAUAUAUUUGAGCUUUAUUGGUGUGUGCAAAUCUAAACGAAAAAACGUUCUAUUCAAAAUUAAUCCUGGUAUAACACCAAUGAUUUCCAAUGCAACUGGACGGUUUGUAGCUGAUGGCACAGGACAGUCCACUGAUACAGCACCUGUGGCAAUGCUUAAAUCAACCCAAACACAAAUUCACACUCAUCGGAUAAACAGGAGUUGGAAGAGUGAUGCAUUUAUAGCUUUUCCUAAUGACCGCGCAGCCAGCAUUAGGCCUAGUGAAUGGAAGAAAAAGUACAGGACUAUUUUCACAAAGACUGAGAGAUACAAUUACAUAGAUCCAGAGUUUUCUUAUAGUGUCUGUGAACGGCUGUCAAAAGAAGCACAUAAGAAAUACUAUGAAGACUAUAUUUCUAGUUUAAGACAACAUCGUUUACAGAAAGAGGCUGCCAGGCAGUUUUAUAUUUAUAACAAUUCUGUGAACAUAGGCCUUAAACCAGCUGAAGGACUUAUGUCACCAAAGAUCUCAAUCACAGAUUUUCACAAGGAGAAGCUGCAACUGAAAAUGCUUCCUUUAGAUGAAAAUUGCCUAUUAACUAGUGAAAAAUUGGCAGCAGUUGAUUCCAAAUCUUCAAUCAAAGAAAUUUGGAGUGGGCUUAGUGCUGUGCCAUCCUCUAGCCAAGAGAAGGAAGAUUGUAGUCUAACUUUGACAUCCAAGCAGCUUCACCAAAUACUCAUUGGUCCUUCUACUAUGGAUUUUGGUGAUGUCUGUGUGUGUUCUACAACAGCUAGAAAACUGUACAUCAUCAAUAACUUGUUAGUUCAUAUAUGGAUACAAAUUGAGAUGGAAAUUGAUGAGCUACAGCAGACAAGUCCUUUGUCUCAGGUGGUGCCUCCUCUUACAAAGACUCAUAUUCCAGUUGUAUUCAAGAAAGACACUCUUGGAAUGUUUAAAAGAUCUUUCACUUAUACAAUAAACAGCCAACACCUUGGACAUGUGCUGGUAGUUGCAAAAGCAGUGUCUGUGGAACUUGAGCUGUCUGCAAGGGAACUGAUUUUAAAUCCUGUUCCUGGCUACCUAGCAGAGACAGAAUUUAGAGCAACUGUCAGGGUAUACAAUCCCAGAAACCAUCCUGCUAAGUUUACUUGGAGAACUAUAAUUACAGAUGGAGGAACUGCAUUUUCAAUACAUCCAGACAAAGGCCUUCUGGAGGGCUACAGAGAUCUGGAGUGUGAAGUCGUUUGGCAUCCAGGGUUUGGCUCUCCAGAAGCAGGAGAAUUCUACUUGCGUGUGCAUAAAGGAAACACAAUUAAGCUGAAAUGUUUUGCAAAGCUUGGUAUUACUAAAGUUCAGUUUAUGGAACAGAAGAUACUCUUCAAUUAUAGUCCACUGGGCUUACCUACUUCUAAGAUAGCCAUCCUUCAAAACAUAGGAGACAAUCAUGCAUACUUCCAAGUUCUUGAUUCAAGCCCACUCCCUGGAAUGGUGAUUAUCCCUUCUGAAGGAGUGGUACCUGUGGGAGGCCAUGCUGAUCUCAAAAUCUGUUUCACUCCAAAUGCAAAGAUGAGUUUUGUUACAACAGUGGAGGUAGCAGUGCGAAAUUCAGGGAUACGAGUGCUUAGGAUUGCUGGAUUUGUAGAGAUCCCCAAAAUAAACAUUGAUGUGGAACUAUUUGACUUUGAUGGUGUUUUUGCCGGUUCUACAAAAUCAAUUCCAUUUUUGCUGCAGAACAAAGGACAAGCAUGUACCAGAGUGGAGUUUGAUUUUUCUAAGUAUAAGGAUUUUAAAUUGAAUGUUAAUGACCACUCAGUUCCUAAGGAAAAUAGCAUUUUAUUAACUGUAGUAUCGAUAAAGAACACUAUAGUAAUUGAACAGCACUCUAGAAAUGGAGGGUUUGGGGUUUCCACGUAUUUGGAGAAGAAUGAACUGAAAGAAAACUUAGUGUUUGAUAUUAUGAGCCAACUUCAGAAGAAGCAGCUGGGGACCACUUCUAUGGCACAUAAACCUGUUGCAUUAGCUGCAUUUACCUAA